GCAUCAGCAAGGACGAGCGUCGCUCCGACAACAUGGCCCUGCACACUGCCGCUGUCACCGUGGCAACAACCGCCACCCUCCAGCUGCUGGACGACAUCCGGGGAGCUGCCGGUGACAACGACUACCUACGCUUCAUGGGCAUAGCGCGUUCAUCAGUGGUUGCUUUUGUGAUCGACACCACAGGGAGCAUGAAGGAUGACAUCCUUGAAGCCAAGAGAGUCGUCAAUGAGAUCAUCGACAGCAAGAAGGGAACGCAGGAUGAGCCCUCCCAGUACAUCCUGGUCCCAUUCAACGACCCAGCGUUCGGACCCCUGAUAAGAACGUCAAACCCUGAUGUUAUGAAAAGAGAGAUCGCUAAACUCAAGGCUGAUGGAGGCGGAGACCUCCCUGAGAUGUGCCUGUCAGGGCUACAGUUGGCGCUGACCGGUGCCCCUGCGUCGUCCCACAUCUAUGUUUUCACAGAUGCCGUUGCCAAGGACAUUGCGUUGAAGGACACCAUCGUGGCCCUGAUCAGGAGCACCAAGUCAACCGUGUCUUUCUUCAUGACUGGUGAUGGUGCUGGUGCUAGAAGGAGGAGGCGUGGGUUAGAGUCCAGGGCAGCUACAUUCGAGACCUACAAGGACCUGGCGGUGGCGUCUGGUGGUCAGGCCAUUGGAGUCACCAAGGAAAACCUGCCCCAGGCCACUGACAUCAUCAUCGACUCCUCCACCUCCGCUCUGGUGACAGUCCUACAGCGAGCGAGGAACCCGGGCAAAGCUGAGACAUUCUCCUUCCUGCUGGACGAGUCUCUGAACAACAUCACCAUCUACAUCACUGGAAAGGCCCUCACCUUCACCCUGAAGAACCCUUCAGGUGUGACCCAGAAACAGAACGAGGCCAAUGGUAAACUGGGGACCGUCCAGACGGUGGGCAACCUCUACCGGGUCCGUCUGGCCUCCAACAAACAGACAGGAUUAUGGGAAAUCAGCAUGAACUCCAACCAGCCUUACACACUGAAGGUCACGGGUCAGAGUACCAUUGCCUUCAUUUAUGACUUUGUGGAGACCUUCGAGGGACCUCACCCAGGAUACGCCCUCAUCUCUGGCCGUCCAAAAGCAGGUAUGCCUGCCAUGCUGUUGGUAUCAGUGUUGGGCAGAAAGGGCCCAGCCUCUGUCAAGGUGGCCGACGUCGCCUUGGUGACAGCGUCAGGGUCAGUGGUCGUAGGCGGGGCCCUGGAAGACAUGGGCAACGGGGACUUCCUGGUUACUGUAACCAAGGUCCCUGCGGGGGAGUUUGUGGUGCUGUUGAACGGGACAGACGUGGUUUCCUCCACCAUGUUCCAGAGACAGUCCACCACUCAGAUGUCCAUCUCCAAGGUUACCAUCAAGGCCGUGGUGGACAGAAGCAUGGAGCCUGGGAAAGCCUUCAGCCUUCCCUUCACCGUCAUGACCGACGCCACUGGAGGCACCUACAAAAUCAGUGCCAGAAACGACAGAGACUUCAAGAUGAACGUCCCCAGCAGCAUCACUGUGGCCACCGGAGGAAACACCACAGGGGAACUGACCAUCACGGUGCCCGCCAACACACCCUCAGGAACGGACGUCACCCUGACCAUCGAGGCAGUGGCCCCCGGGGCGGUCGACUCCAACUACGCCGUCCUGCGCCUCUCUGUUGUCACCAAGGUGACAGAUUUCACCCCUCCCCAGUGCGAGGUGGUCAGCUUCUCGUCGGACGACUGCCCCGCUGACCCAGCAGCCUGCAGCUCCGCCUUCUGGCAGCUCUCUGCCAAUCUGACCGACGGCGUCAACGGCACCGGUAUUGCCAGUCUCACACACCGGCAGGGCGUGGGCAGCCUCACCCACACGGACCUGAAUCAGACGGUUGUCGCGGCAGCGUUCAACGCUUCGUGCUGCUCUCUGACAGUGGAGCUGGUGGCGGUGGACAAGGCUAUGAACGUGGGCACCUGUCUGUUUUCCAUAGUCCGCAACGCGGGACCGCCCUCCCUCGCUCUGUCCCUCCCUCUGUGGUUGUGUCUGCUGGUCUCUGCCCGCUUCACUACGUCUCUCAGAGACCUACUUAUUUGAUCUAAUGCUGCGUGAAUAACCAAGUGGGAAGGUGGAAAUGACCAGUUGAGAAGUUGUAAAUACACGUUGGAUGCAUUCAUGUGCUUUGAACUUGUUGAGAAACGUAGAUUGGAUAUUGGUCAACAAGCUACUUCAACCAUAAACUAAAAGUACAGCUAUCACGCUUUUAAACGAAUUAUGUUCAAAAAUAUUUUAAUAGAAUGCUUUUUAUAAAUAAUGUUUUGUUGUUGCAUUUAACUGCUGAACAUGCUGUUAUUUAGUUAAUUUCCUUAGUAGGUGAUGUCAGAGGUCAGCAUGUGGGAGAAGUUGUAGCUCAGGGAUGAUAGACUAGUUAUUACCAGUUGGAGGGGCGUUCAAGUGGAUUUUCCUAUGUGGUAAAUACCACCUUCCCACUUGGUUAUGAUAAAAGGGUAAGGCUCAUGUAUUGACUGUCUGCCCGAAACUGCUUCUUAAAGUUAAAGGUUACGUUCCAGGCCAACUAUAUCGCAGACGUUGCAUUGCAUCAAUGAAUGCUUUGCGUGACACAUCAUCGACAGCGCAAUUGUGCCUAAAAUAUGUUAAACACCUCUCCAUGUGUUGUGAGAUCUAUGAGGCAUCAGCAAAGUAGUCAGCCUGGAACAUGGCCAAAGCCACCAUUUAAAUUAAUGUCCCUUUAAAAAGUGCCAACAGUACUCUCUCUCUAUGCACUUUAUCAACAUGUUAUUUGCACUGUAACAUUGAUGUUUAAUUUUUGUUUCAUAAUGUGAGUCUCCAGUUACA